AUGGGAUUAAAAAACACAAUUUCGUCGGACAAUAGAAACAUAAAGACUUUCAUCAGUAUAUUUCCUAACAUGGGUUUGAAGAAGAAGGUCAGACUAAAGAAAACGACUUCAAUUUCUAGUGAUAGCAUUCCACAUGAAGAGAUUGUUAAUACGCAACCUAUAUCGCUAUCACGUAGUAGCCUGAGCUCAAGUUCCGCUUCAAGAACUAGAAGAAAGUUGAGUUCAGGCACCCAUUCAAUGCGGAAGGUAAAUAGAAGCCAGGCUAAGAGGAUUAGCUCUGGAAAUAUAAUUAGUUCACUGCAGGCAUUGAAAGGGAUCAAUGACAAUCAUUCUCCACUUGAUGCUAAUGGUAUCUUGGGUAGCGAAGAGAAAUUAGACAGUUAUGCGAUCUCGGUGACUAGUCUAAUCGAAGAUGAAACAUCUCCAUACAAGAUAGAUAUAACCCUAGAAAACCUAACAAAAGGAAAUAAAUUAAGAAAUAUAGAAGGCUCUGGUAACAAUAAAGCAUUACAGUUAGAUACCAUACAGAAUCCAGCUCAUCAUGGAGCUUCACAUAUAUUUACAGAAUUUAACUUUACAGUCUUGUUUAAGUUAAUAAUACAUGUCAUGUUUUAUUUGUUCGUGCUUUAUAUUAUACUGAAAAAGAUUUCAGGUUGA